GACGUAGCGAGAGGGCAGGGGGCGGGGCGGUGGAGGUGUUGGUUUGAAUAGGGAAGUUUGCAGAGCGCAGUCGCUCCUCGUCCAGUUCGGUGUUUGCAAAUAUUCGAAGCGGAGUGGAGAAGGAAGUGUCGGGGAUUUGACGUGGGGGACGGACUUCGCGUCCGCUGUUGGUUUCCACUUCCAAGAACUCUUGGUUUAAAUUUAUAUCUAUUUUUUGGAGUCGUUCUAACUCGUCCGACUGGCUUCUUCUGCGUCUUCUCCGGCCGAGAGAGGCUCACUUUAAACCGCGUAGGGCUGCUGUGAGACGCGCGGGGGAAAUGGAUGUUUUACCAAUGUGCAGCAUCUUUCAGGAACUUCAAAUAGUUCACGACACGGGCUAUUUCUCCGCCUUACCGUCACUGGAGGAGUACUGGCAGCAGACAUGUUUGGAGUUGGAGCGCUACCUGCAGAGCGAGCCGUACGUCUCCACGUCCGACUUAAAGUUUGACAGCCAGGAGGACCUGUGGAGUAAGCUGAUCCUGGCGUGCGGCGACAAGGCCAAGGCUGAGUCCAGCCCCAAACUGGCGUCUCCCCACGAGGAGGACAAUCAGGACAGCCCCAUUUUGGACAGCAACAGCGUGAACUCGGACGCCAGCAGCGAGGCGUCGGACAGUUCCGAGGAGCUCUCGCCCACGCACAGCUUCGCCUCCAACCCGCUGGGCUCGGUUUUGACGGGCUCCGGACCUUUUAGCCCCUCCGUCAUCAGCACGCCGCCGUCCUCCCCGGAGGCCGUCAUGGGCGGCUGGGCGGCUGGCCACGGCGACCUGCACUUGCCGGUCAAAAUCCGUAGCAGCGGCGGCGGGGUAGCGAAAAGCUCUGAAAAGACGGGACUCAUCUGCGGGGACGCGUCCCCCGACAGCAAGAGGCGGGUACACAGGUGUCACUUCAACGGCUGCCGCAAGGUUUACACGAAGAGCUCCCACCUCAAAGCACACCAGCGCACUCAUACAGGUGAGAAGCCAUACAGGUGUUCGUGGGAGGGCUGCGAGUGGCGCUUCGCCAGGAGCGAUGAGCUGACCAGACACUUCAGGAAGCACACGGGGGCAAAGCCAUUUAAAUGCAGUCACUGUGACAGAUGUUUCUCCAGGUCUGACCAUCUGGCCCUUCACAUGAAGAGGCACAUCUGAAGCAGGGUCAAACCAAGCCACGCAGCAAAGGGGAUUCUUUUUUCCUUUUUUUUUUCUUUUUCUAAAUAUGGGGAAAAAGAAAAAACUCCAUUUCCCAGCUAAAGCCUCUUGGCUGAACUGUCCCAGAGCAGAGAGGCGGGAGUUUUCCAGCCAAAGCAUGCCGUUUUGCACCAAACCCAGUGCCUCCGGGAGCUCUCUUUGGAGAAAAAAACAAAAAAAAAGGCGCUCUCCUGAAGGUGUUGCGAUGAGAGGACAAAAAUCAUGGAUGGGGAACGAUUUUUUUUUUUUUUUUUGAUAAAAAAAAAACUUGAAUCACAGAAAAGACAAAAAAAAAAAAAAAAAAGGACAAGCAUACAGAGCGAUUGAUUUGUACGUGUGGUGCAUGAUGUUUCGUGGACAGACGAUACACUGGUACUUGGCAGACCUGUCUGACGUAAGCAUGCGUGCACUGUGAAUGUCUGGCUGGCACCCUUCCUUCCUAUUGGUCGGAUCGAUGGGUGGGCGGGUGCACUGUGUGGGGCUGCUACCAAUGUUGUGGACCGAGGGGGGCGCCCCCGCCAGUUUCAGUGUAUGACAGGAGUUUCUCUCUGCAUUUUUUUUUUUUUUUUGGUGCAGCUACUAAAUGUGCAAUGUGUUAUGUAGCCUGGUUUGGUUCCUUUUUUAUUUUAUUUUUUUACAAUCUACAAAGCUCAUUUUGUAGUCCUCGACUGUAUAAGCCGUGAGGUUUAACACAAACUAUACUCUAACGUCAGUAUCAUAGACAGGUUAAAUGCAUGGUUUUUAGGGGUUUGUUCAUUUCCAGUUUCCACUGUAAGCAGGACUGCAAGUAGUUUCAAUAAAAAGUGCAGCUAAAAUACGAUCGGUUAAAUGUUACAAUAUUGUACAUAAAGCCUUCUCCUUACCCCUCCA